AUGUCAACCGAGGUGCCAGAUAAACAAGACGUGGCAUUUGGUUCAAUACAGCAAGGUGCCAUGUGUAUGGAUACACUGGGCCAUGUACACCAAGGAACGCUAGGUCUUUAUGAUUGUCAUAAUAGUGGGGGAAAUCAGGAAUUUUCUUUUACAAAGGAUAAAUUGAUAAAGCAUUCAGAUCUGUGUUUAACAGUAACAGAAAAGAAAGCAGGAACACCUAUUACAUUACAAGGCUGUCAGCCGCAUAAUGUCAACCAGAAAUGGGACCAGACGGACAGCAAGCGCGUGUUCCGCUUCCAAAACUCGGACCUCUGCUUGGACAGCAAGGGCCAUAAAGAACACGGCCUCGUCGUUCAAACGUGUAAUCAACGUUCCCUCACCCAACACUUUAAAUUUUCAAUGUCCAACAUCGCCCACUGACACCACGUUCAUAAUUAGUGACUGGAAAUUGCCUUCGUACCCUGGGUUUUACAUUCCCAAUCCAGUUUUACCUUCCCCCUUUCAGCAUUUGUAUUUUUCUAUCAAAAUCUGUACAAAACAAAGUUGAUGUAUAAAGAAGAAGAAGAAGAAACAAGUGCUAGCGAUACUUAAUUCCAAACAUCUGUCAUCUUUCUUCCGUCUUGUUGGAUGUUUGUUUGUGUGUGCGUUCAGUUUUCUCUCUCUAUGUUGGUUUCUGCUGGGUGUUCUGCGAACCCUCACAGCAUCUUUUUAUUUGUGUCUGGGAAGUGACACUGCGAGGGAAGCAGACAUUUUCUGUCUCCCGGGAAGCACGUCAUGAAAGGACUUGUCUGAUGUUUUAAUCGGACAGUUACCAUAGUGACAACAGUGGGACGCUUGUGCAUCUUGGCCAAUCACAACCAAGUAAAGUUGUUUUGCACUUGUCAGAUCUUUGCAGGCCAUUUUAAGCUAUUGGCCAAUCAAAUUCUGAAAUUCCGAAGAAUCUGCAUAAAUCAAAUCUAAUUUUUGAGGACCACAUAAAUAUGUUUGAGUAGUGUCAAAUGCGACUUAGAAGAAGUGAGAAACUAAUUUUGCAUAUUCUGGUUUGAAAAAAUAUCUGUCAAUUUAAGGUGAUUAUUUUUACUUGUGGAAGGAAAGGCGAUUUAUGCAGACUCUACCUGCUCAACAUUGGACAAAACCUCUCUUAUGUAGGAUGUAUUAAUGUGUACUAAAAAUGUUUUUGAGGUAUAUCGAUUACCAAAGUGUGACAUCAUAAAAAAGAGAGUUUGGACAUCAAGUUUUUCUAUUCUUUAUCAGAGAAGCAUGAUGAAAAAUAUCAAACCAUCUUGAUUUGGUGGGAAUCGGUUAAACAGAGCCCCAGAUAGGACCUCAUGAGUAUCCGGAAUAGCUAUAUUUUAAUUGUUAAGAAUCAUGCCAAUAAUACAUUGACUUCAAUGGGACUAAUUAGGCAUUCAUGUUGUCAUAUCUUGGGCCCUGUUCAACCAAAUCCCGACUAAAUUUGGGCUGCGAAUGUUUUAUGUCUUGCCCCUCUGAGAUAGGAAAAAGAAAUGCAUAAAAAACAAGGGUUUUUAUGAUUAUCGCCUUGGUGCUCUAUAAGACUCCUUCUAUAACGCCUUCUGUACUUUCACAUAAUGAACCAUAACACCUAGUUUUCUUGUGAAAAGAUCAACAUCUAUUCAAGGAAUAAGUGUUUCAAAACCUGUGUAAGAAUACAGAACAAUCUGAUUCAGGCAAGUAGAAUUGUGUUUAAAUUGUAAGAGGAUGAAAAAUGUUGCUGAAAUGCCCCCAGAUGGACAUAAAUAUGAAUGAUUUUAUACAUCUUUUCUCCUUCAAGAGACAAUACUAUGUGGUCUUCACCAGUAAAAUCAAUCUUAUUCCGAAAUGAAAUCGCCAGUAUAAACGAAUGGGUGUUUCUUGUGUAAAAUGUCUUUAUUGGUUUCAAUCAUUUUCAAAAGAUAUUUAAAGUAAAAAAAAGGAUUUUAACAUUUACUUUAAAAAUAUUGCAAGAAUUAACCUCUUAUUGUAUUUUUUUAUUUUUUUUUAAUUAGAUGUAAUAUGUUCAGUCAAUUAGGUUUUUUUCCAUAGACGAUAGUUGCUUUCUUCCAUAUUCUUUAUUUUCUUCCACAUCCUUUUUUGUAGUGUUGAUAGAUAAUGAUAAGAAUAUUAAUUUUAAAUGAUGAUCUUAAAGAUGCAAAUAUUUCAUUCCAAUGUUUGAUAAAGAGCCUUACAUAUGUACAGUGUAUAUACAUAGAUGUUUAAUUGAAAUCAAUUCAAUGAUUGUAAAAUUAGUAAUUAUUUCUGUACUACAACCUUGAGGGAAACAUUUUGACCUUUAAUUUUAUUUCUUGAUAUAUAUGAUAUUGAAUUUAGAAAAUGUGUAUUUAAUUCUGCAUUAUCCCAGAAUGAAGUAUUUUAAAAUACAGAAAAGAAACUUUGCUUUAUAUUAAUUACAAUUGUGAAUUUGCUUGCCAUUUUGAGAGUGUUUCUGACAGCGAUGUAAGGAUGUAUUUGUCAGUUUUAUUUAGAAUAUUUACUUGCUAAAAAUCUACUUUUUUUUUUUUUUUCACUGCAAUCAGGCCCUUAUUCUGAUCUCGGAUUUGGUGUAGACUCUGGUCUAUAGUUGUGGUUAAAGUAUGGAAAGCCAACUGUGAAACUAUUCUCUAACAUUCCAAGUUCAAUUUAUCAGCUCAUUUGAAUCUCAAAUUAUUCAUAACUGUUAGGAAAUGAUACCUAUUAAAAGGUUUUUUUUUUCACCAUUAAAACUUAGGGAACGGGAAAGUAAACAAAAGAAACACACAUUGUUAACAAACUUUGGUCAAUUUCCGCUUUCCAUAAUUCAAGCACAGAAUUGGACCAUGGGCUAAAGCCCGGCGCACACUAUGUGAUUCGUUGCGAGCCGAAUUUCAAAGAAAUCGCUAUAACACUUGAUAUGAACAUUCCAACCAAUAAAAUCUUAGCAAUCAGAAUUGUGAUAGGACUACUGAAAUCGGAAGUCAGUCAAGUUCAAGCGUCCCUGUAGGUAUAAAAGCAAAAUCAAUUCCAAAUCGCAAUGACGUCAUCAUCGCCUGCGAUUUUAAAACAAUUUGGACUUUACUCCGAACACAGGGCUGGCCGCAAAGCAAAAUUAUGAUUUAUUAUGCCGAACUUCAAAUAAAAUAAUUUUGCUUCUUGGAAAUUUCACAUUUAAUGCAAAGUGGGAUUUAUUAAAAAAUCACGUCGCGCAUUGGAUCGCAUAGUGUGCGCUGGGCUUAAGUUAAACUAGACUUCAGAAUACGGGCCAUUGUCCUUUUUUGAUGCCAUGUCAAAGCAACGUAAAGAUCUAUUGGGAUGAUGUAAAUGCAUAUAUUUAUAAAUGCUGCUAUGUAUGAUCGUAAAGGGGACUUCAACCUUGGUUAUCAAACCAAAUUUCCUAUCUAAAUUAGUUGCCAGGUGGGGGGAGUGGUAAUCAUUAAUAGAUGAUUCUUUCUUUCACAAAACUUAGUUACUGAAAUGAAGUCAGUUCAAUGACCGAGAGAAAUGCAUGAAUCAAAGAGGUCCCCCCAUUGGUAUGAUUUUGUAGUAUAAUCUUGUUUUAUUCCAUUGCACAUCAAUUUCUGUUCAUCAUUAUCGGGGUUGUUUAUUCUGCUUUUACAAAGUGUUACUUUCAAUGCAAACAAAAUUCAUCCAAAAUUAUGCAAAUGAAGUGUUUAUGAAAAUAUGUGUUACAGACUUUUUAAUAAGGAACAAUUUCUUUCUCUUAUCUUAUUUAUUUUGCCAAAUAUUGAUCAAUUGUGAUUUUCGUCUUUAGUUUUGUUUGAAGCACCGAUUGACUUAUCGUUAUACAUUUGCCUCAAUCAUUCUCUUUGUUCAUAAGGUGCUUGAUUUGGUGUUUUAGUUUUUGGUUUAACCCCCCCCCCCCCUUACAGAAGCGUUAAAGUGCCACCUACUUGGGGAGAUACAAAUAAGUAAUCUUGCCAAAUUGACUUCAUGGCGAGAUACCAAGAUAACACUGAGUUUUUGCUCCGCAGGACAGAAUGAAUCAUACAAUGGAGCAAAUGCAAGUCAAACCAAUGAGGUCUUCGUCUAGGGUCAGUGAAUCAGAACACUUGUUUCAUCCAACAUUUCAGAGCUGACGAAAAUUGCAAAAAUGUUGUUUGUCCAAAGUCACGGACGAAACGGCCAUUUUGAUUCACCAACCCUCGGCAAAGACUUUGAAAACGCGCUAUUAAUAAUGUAACUGGCUGUGAUGACAUACAAGUCGAUUUGGCAAGAUAACGGUUCUCACCAUGUUGUGAUAGCCUUGCUAAUAUCUCAAGACGUCUGUUUAAUACCUCGGUCACAUUUGCUCUACGGCGGCCGUACGGCGAGUCAAAAACAGCCGUUUUAACAUUUUUGGUACCAGCUACAUAUCGAUGGUUUGAAUUAGAAUUAAUAAAACGGCCGUUUCGAUUUGCGGUACGGUCGCCGUAGAACAAAUGUGACAGAGGUAUAAAUCUUCUUUACUCGCAAUGAACCCACCAUGUGUACAAAAAUGCAUUUUUUUCCUGAACGACCAUAUAUGCAGGAAAAUGUGUGUUAAUUAGUAAAACAAAACAAUUAAAUUGCAAAUUUUUAUAUGUACAUAAGAAAUUUUCUAUGAUGAUUACGAACUUCUUAUAAUUGUCCCACACUAGAUUUUUGUUUAUUUUUAAUUGGAUGAAAUAUCUUGCUUCAAAUUGUAAUUUUGACAUGGUUUCAUGUGCUUGCAAUACUGUAUAGCCUGUUUUUUAGCAGGCUCAGUAGAAACAUUCUGAAAUAUUUCUUUUCCAAUGAUUUCACUAAUAUGUGUAUGUGAAGAGUAAAGAAGUAAAAUAGUGUGUAAUUUUAUGAAAGAUUAUUAUUUUCUUGAGGAAUUGAAUGUUUCUACCUCUGAUAAGCAAAUCAAGAAUUGUAUAGGUAUUCACACCAUUGAGUUAUGCUACAAAAUCAAAACUUUCUUGAGCAUUUUAAACAAUUUUAUUCAUCUAAACUUGAUGUAGAUAAUUUUGCAGUUUAUUCACUAACUUCAAGUUACAAUGAUUUGCCUAUGUGAACUUGUAAAAUCUGAAGUGAAAUGUUUUCAAUUGAUUGCAACGGUACUUAAAGUAACUUUUGACAUGUGUAAGACAAUAGAGGUAUCUUAAUAUUGACAAGAUCCUCCAUUGGCGAUUUGCACAGCCCUACUGAAGCUUUGUAAAAAGUCUCGUGUAAACCAAAAUCGGGACGCCCAGGUACAUGGUGCCGAAGUUCCUAACAUUUUGUCAGACCCAAAAUUGCACGCAGACGUGAUUUCAUGUACAAAUCCAAUGAAAAGAAGUCUACUUGUACCUGUGAAAGGCUCAGAUAACGUUGGCUUUUGCACUGAAACGUCCUAAAUGAUUACUAAUUUGAAUUGCAUUUCAGAGUAUUGUUGAGACGAUGGCACCAGCAAUAUGACCAAUUACAGAUUAUGCUUUCACAGGUUUUACUUAGUGAAGAUAAAUCAUUCUCUUUCUAAAGUGUGACCCUUAUGAAAAAAGGUAACCACAUGUUUAACAAAGCAUGGAUUGCUUAUUCUGGUCUGAAAAUAUUUUCCCCCUUCCUGAUUAUGUAACUUUACAGUUUCCAUUUUUUUUAAUGCAUUUUCUGUUUAGAUAUAAUCUACUCUUCCAUUUUCUUUUCAGUAGUAAUGAGCUUGAUUGAUUAAGUAGCUAAAUGCAAAGUCAAGGAAACUUGUCUGGUUUUGUGCAUACUGUGAUAGAAGCAUAUGUUCGGGUUUUGAUACAAUGUGUGCUAUUGAUGUGAUUUCAUGCAAUUUAUUGAUUUGUGAAUAUCCUGAUCAAUUUAGAGUGAUAAAUCCAGGGAAUUUGCCAUUUUUAUGAAAUGACCCAAAUAUAUUUAUUGUAUAAGUGCUAGUUCACCCCAACACGUUACUUACAAUUGCAGUUCGAGAGUAACGGUGCAUCAAGACACGAACACUAAUGGGCCGUUCUUGGUCAUGUGUGUGACCGAAAUUAUGACAAAUCCUGCCUUUUAUUAGUUAUAAAAUCUGAAAAUGUCAGAGAUGUAUUCAUUCAAAGGUUAUGUAACAACAUUAUCAUGUUAAGUCAGCUAUCAGUUGGAUAUAUAUUUUUGUUGUCUCAAAUUAGUAAGUUCAAGGUCAGAGGUCAAAAGAAGUGGGUCACAUGUUUGACUGCACACAGAAGCAUGAUUUUGAAAGUUUAAUUUCAUUCUAAAAUUCCCGUGAAUUUCAAGAUGAAAUGAAACUUUCAAAAUCAUCAUUUAUUAGUUACAAAUCUGUAACAUUUUUAGAUUUAUAACUAAUGGAAGUCAAGAUGUCAUCAUUUUGGUUACACACUUGACUUGACCAAGAAUGGCCCCAAUAGACUACAAAUUUGAAUCAGGGGACUGAUGUUUGAUAUUGAAUGCAAGUUACUUGCUAGUACUCCAUGGAUGGUAUUCUGGUAGCCUUGGUUUAGUUAAAUCUGUGUAGACUCAUACCACACUUUUAUGGAAUGCCAGUUGUCAACUCACUCACCAAUUAAAAGUUAUUCUUAUCCUGCUGUAAAAAAGUUAUCAAAAAAAUGGGGAGAAUAGGAAAAUAAUGAAUUUUGAUGAAUUAUUUGGUAUUUUUUAAUUGCCAUGAAUAUGGAAGAAAUAUUAUGAAGCCCAUCAUUCCAUAGAAGUGUGUUUUAAAUGCUACUUUAGACUGGAUUUAAACCUAGGUUUGAUUAUAAGAAUACCAUCCCAUAAGUUUUGCCUUCUCCAUCCAAAAGUGAUAUUGAGGAGAAUUCAUAUGAUGGAAUCAAUGAUCUUCAUCCAAUAUUGUAAGUUCAUCAGCUCCCUCAUUUUCAUGAAAUUAUCAAUGUUGUAAGAAGCUGUAUGUAUAGAACAAAUAUGGGAAAGUGGAAACGCAGUUGUAAAAUCAAGCUCUUUCUUAUUUUUUUUUGGUACUUCCACAUUCCCAUAUUUGUUCUGAAAUUACAGCCUUAUUUUGAGCUGUUCAUUUGUUGACAUUUAUUGUUCAACACUGAUUGAAUUAUUGAAAUCGACUAUAACUUUACAUUUGCUUUUUGUAUGCCUUGGUCAAAUACAUAUGUACAUGUUUGAUUUUAAAA